UUUGCUAGUUAAGGGAGUAGCAACAAGAGAAAAGACACAACAGAACCAUGUGUGUGUAAUAACACUAUGAAUCCUGUCCUUGGCUCAAAAUGCAUUGGCAACCUAGCUGUUUUACCAAAAUCAUUGUCUUUUGCCACCUUUUGUUUAGCAUUCCAUCCCCACCAGGCCACCAAAACUUCAACUUUCCAUUUCUUUUUACACCAUUCAAUCAUUCCAUCAUCACUCACUCCCAAUUCAUCAUCAAUUCAUCCUAUCUUUUUCUCUUCAAAACAUUUAUAUUGAUGUAUAUAUGAGAGCUUAGGAAAGUUAUCAUCACAUAAUGGCUGCAAAAUGGUCAAUUUUCUUGGGAAUGACAAUGGUUCUUAUGGCUUCUAUAGCCUCUUCACAGAUACCAGUUUCUGUUAUAUCAGCAGCACCUUCAGUCUUGCCAUUUGAGCCUCCUCUAUCAUCUCCUACGGCUACAAGCCCGUCAUCAUCAGCUUUAUCUCCAGAUAUUACUCCUCUGUUUCCUUCACCAGCUGGACCUUCUCCGGCUCAGUCUUCGCUUCCCCUCAUUCCUUCCAGCCCAAGCCCUCCGAAUCCAGAUGAGGUGACUGCUCCUGGUCCCAUAACGGCAUUGCCACCAUCUGGCCUUUUCCCGGAUUCCUCAGCAUUCACUCUUCAUGCAUUUAGCUGUCCAAGUUCAGUGAUGUUGCUACUACUUGGGUUGGUUCAAGUUUUUAGUUAUUGCAAAUUUGUUGGUUUCUAAAGAUUUAUGAGGUUUUUAUGUUGAAAUUUUUAAGUAACUGUGGUUUUGAUUUA